AUGGGUGGUCGUCCGCUGCUGUUGCUCCUGCUGCUGCUGCGGUUGCUGGCGCUAUGCGCCAGUGAAGCCGGUGGAACAGGCGACACAUCGAAUGAAGGCAGGAUCCCAUCAACAGAUAGUAAUGCAAGUGACAUAAAGAGUACACCUUCCGCCGCUUCGAGUGAACCAAACACAGACGAUGCAUUUACUCCCAUGUUGUCAGAGACCUCAACUAAUACUACAGAAACUACAGAACCAACUGCAUCAGAUCAGCUGACAAAAGAAGCGUCAGCCACAACAGAUGAGACGAUUACAACGCUAGAUACAACAGAGUCUACUACUACUACUGACAGUAGUAAAUCUGCUUCGACUGAUCCAUCUACAGAUGAUUCAUCUGUCCCUACUUCAUCAGAGUCCACAACUGAUACUACAGUUACAGAAACUUCAACAUCAGAGCAAUCGACAACAGAAGGCUCAACUGCAACGGAAGACACAGAUACAAUCCCGGAUACAACAGACUCUACAACUGAAGACAUAACGAGUACUAGUACUUCUGCUUCGACUGAACCAUCUACAGAAGAUUCAUCUGUCCCUACUUCGUCGGAGUCCACAACUGAUACUACAGUUAUAGAAACUUCAACAUCAGAGCAAUCGACAACAGAAGACUCAACUGCAACAGAAGGCACAGAUACAACGCCAGAUGCAACCGAGUCUACUACUGAUGAUGUAACGAGUACUAGUUCUUCUCCUUCGACUGAACCAUCUACAGAAGAUUCAUCUGUCCCUACUUCGUCAGAGUCCACAACUGAUACUACUGUUACAGAAACUUCAACAUCAGAGCAAUCGACAACAGAAGGCUCAACUGCAACAGAAGAUACAGAUACAACGCCAGAUGCAACCGAGUCUACUACUGAUGACAUAACGAGUACUAGUACUUCAGCUUCGACUGAACCAUCUACAGAAGAUUCAUCUGUCCCUACUUCGUCAGAGUCCACAACUGAUACUACAGUUACAGAAACUUCAACAUCAGAGCAAUCGACAACAGAAGACUCAAAUGCAACAGAAGACACAGAUACAAUGCCAGAUGCAACCGAGUCUACUACUGAUGACGUCACGAGUACUAGUACUUCUCCUUCGACUGAACCAUCCACAGAAGAUUCCUCUGUCCCUACUUCGUCAGAGUCCACAACUGAUACUACAGUUACAGAAACUUCAACAUCAGAGCAAUCGACAACAGAAGGCUCAACUGCAACAGAAGAUACAGAUACAACGCCAGAUGCAACCGAGUCUACCACUGAAGACAUAACGAGUACUAGUACUUCUGCUUCGACUGAACCAUCUACAGAAGAUUCAUCUGUCCCUACUUCGUCAGACUCCACAACUGAUACGACAGUUACAGAAACUUCAACAUCAGAGCAAUCGACAACAGAAGACUCAACUACAACAGAAGACACAGAUACAACGCCAGAUGCAACCGAGUCUACUACUGAUGACGUAACGAGUACUAGUACUUCUCCUUCGACUGAACCAUCUACCGAAGAUUCAUCUGUCCCUACUUCGUCAGAGUCCACAACUGAUACUACAGUUACAGAAACUUCAACAUCAGAGCAAUCGACAACAGAGGGCUCAACUGUAACAGAAGAUACAGAUACAACGCCAGAUGCAACUGAGUCUACUACUGAUGACAUAACGAGUACUAGUACUUCUGCUUCGACUGAACCAUCUACAGAAGAUUCAUCUGUCCCUACUUCAUCAGAGUCCACAGCUGAUACUACAGUUACAGAAACUUCAACAUCAGAGCAAUCGACAACAGAAGACACAACUACAACAGAAGACACAGAUACAACGCCAGAUGCAACAGAGUCUACUACUGAUGACGUAACGAGUACUAGUACUUCUCCUUCGACUGAACCAUCAACAGAAGAUUCAUCUGUCCCUACUUCGUCAGAGUCCACAACUGAUACUACAGUUACAGAAACUUCAACAUCAGAGCAAUCGACAACAGAGGGCUCAACUGCUACAGAAGAUACAGAUACAACGCCAGAUGCAACCGAGUCUACUACUGAUGACAUAACGAGUACUAGUACUUCUGCUUCGACUGAACCAUCUACCGAAGAUUCAUCUGUCCCUACUUCGUCAGAGUCCACAACUGAUACUACAGUCACAGAAACUUCAACAUCAGAGCAAUCGACAACAGAAGACACAACUACAACAGAAGACACAGAUACAACGCCAGAUGCAACCGAGUCUACUACUGAUGACGUAACGAGUACUAGUACUUCUCCUUCGACUGAACCAUCUACAGAAGAUUCAUCUGUCCCUACUUCGUCAGAGUCCACAACUGAUACUACAGUUACAGAAACUUCAACAUCAGAGCAAUCGACAACAGAAGACUCAACUGCAACAGAAGGCACAGAUACAACGCCAGAUGCAACCGAGUCUACUACUGAUGACAUAACGAGUACUAGUACUUCUCCUUCGACUGAACCAUCCACAGAAGAUUCAUCUGUCCCUACUUCGUCAGAGUCCACAACUGAUACUACAGUUACAGAAACUUCAACAUCAGAGCAAUCGACAACAGAAGACUCAACUGCAACAGAAGACACAGAUACAACGCCAGAUGCAACCGAUUCUACUACUGAUGACAUAACGAGUACUAGUACUUCUGCUUCGACUGAACCAUCUACCGAAGAUUCAUCUGUCCCUACUUCAUCAGAGUCCACAACUGAUACUACAGUUACAGAAACUUCAACAUCAGAGCAAUCGACAACACAAGACUCAAAUGCAACAGAAGACACAGAUACAACGCCAGAUGCAACUGAGUCUACUACUGAUGACAUAACGAGUAGUAGUACUUCAGCUUCGACUAAACCGUCUACAGAAGAUUCAUCUGUUCCUACUUCGUCAGUGUCCACAACUGAUACUACAGUUACAGAAACUUCAACAUCAGAGCAAUCGACAACUGAAGACACAACUACAACUGAAGACACAGAUACAACGCCAGAUGCAACCGAGUCUACUACUGAUGACGUCACGACUACUAGUACUUCUCCUUCGACUGAACCAUCUACCGAAGAUUCAUCUGUCCCUACUUCGUCAGAGUCCACAACUGAUACUACAGUUACAGAAACUUCAACAUCAGAGCAAUCGACAACAGAAAGCUCAACUGUAACAGAAGACACAGAUACAACGUCAGAUGCAACCGAGUCUACUACUGAUGACAUAACGAGUACUAGUACUUCUGCUGCGACUGAACCAUCUACCGAAGAUUCAUCUGUCCCUACUUCGUCAGAGUCCACAACUGAUACUACAGUUACAGAAACUUCAACAUCAGAGCAAUCGACAACAGAAGGCUCAACUGUAACAGAAGACACAGAUACAACGUCAGAUGCAACCGAGUCUACUACUGAUGACAUAACGAGUACUAGUACUUCUGCUUCGACUGAACCAUCUACAGAAGAUUCAUCUGUCCCUACUUCGUCAGAGUCCACAACUGAUACUACAGUUACAGAAACUUCAACAUCAGAGCAAUCGACAACAGAAGGCACAAGUGCAACAGAAGAUACAGAUACAACGCCAGAUGCAACCGAGUCUACUACUGAUGACAUAACGAGUACUACUACUUCUGCUUCGACUGAACCAUCUACCGAAGAUUCAUCUGUCCCUACUUCAUCAGAGUCCACAACUGAUACUACAGUUACAGAAACUUCAACAUCAGAGCAAUCGACAACACAAGACUCAAAUGCAACAGAAGACACAGAUACAACGCCAGAUGCAACUGAGUCUACUACUGAUGACAUAACGAGUACUAGUACUUCAGCUUCGACUGAACCAUCUACAGAAGAUUCAUCUGUUCCUACUUCGUCAGAGUCCACAACUGAUACUACAGUUACAGAAACUUCAACAUCAGAGCAAUCGACAACUGAAGACACAACUACAACUGAAGACACAGAUACAACGCCAGAUGCAACCGAGUCUACUACUGAUGACAUCACGAGUACUAGUACUUCUGCUUCGACUGAACCAUCUACCGAAGAUUCAUCUGUCCCUACUUCGUCAGAGUCCACAACUGAUACUACAGUUACAGAAACUUCAACAUCAGAGCAAUCGACAACAGAAGGCUCAACUGUAACAGAAGACACAGAUACAACGUCAGAUGCAACCGAGUCUACUACUGAUGACAUAACGAGUACUAGUACUUCUGCUUCGACUGAACCAUCUACAGAAGAUUCAUCUGUCCCUACUUCGUCAGAGUCCACAACUGAUACUACAGUUACAGAAACUUCAACAUCAGAGCAAUCGACAACAGAAGGCACAAGUGCAACAGAAGAUACAGAUACAACGCCAGAUGCAACCGAGUCUACUACUGAUGACAUAACGAGUACUACUACUUCUGCUUCGACUGAACCAUCUACAGAAGAUUCAUCUGUCCCUACUUCGUCAGAGUCCACAACUGAUACUACAGUUACAGAAACUUCAACAUCAGAGCAAUCGACAACAGAAAGCUCAACUGUAACAGAAGACACAGAUACAACGUCAGAUGCAACCGAGUCUACUACUGAUGACAUCACGAGUACUAGUACUUCUGCUUCGACUGAACCAUCUACCGAAGAUUCAUCUGUCCCUACUUCGUCAGAGUCCACAACUGAUACUACAGUUACAGAAACUUCAACAUCAGAGCAAUCGACAACAGAAGGCACAAGUGCAACAGAAGAUACAGAUACAACGCCAGAUGCAACCGAGUCUACUACUGAUGACAUAACGAGUACUACUACUUCUGCUUCGACUGAACCAUCUACCGAAGAUUCAUCUGUCCCUACUUCGUCAGAGUCCACAACUGAUACUACAGUUACAGAAAUUUCAACAUCAGAGCAAUCGACAACACAAGACUCAAAUGCAACAGAAGACACAGAUACAACGCCAGAUGCAACUGAGUCUACUACUGAUGACAUAACGAGUACUAGUACUUCAGCUUCGACUGAACCAUCUACAGAAGAUUCAUCUGUCCCUACUUCGUCAGAGUCCACAACUGAUACUACAGUUACAGAAACUUCAACAUCAGAGCAAUCGACAACUGAAGACACAACUACAACUGAAGACACAGAUACAACGCCAGAUGCAACCGAGUCUACUACUGAUGACGUAACGAGUACUAGUACUUCUCCUUCGACUGAACCAUCUACCGAAGAUUCAUCUGUCCCUACUUCGUCAGAGUCCACAACUGAUACUACAGUUACAGAAACUUCAACAUCAGAGCAAUCGACAACAGAAGGCUCAACUGUAACAGAAGACACAGAUACAACGUCAGAUGCAACCGAGUCUACUUCUGAUGACAUAACGAGUACUAGUACUUCUGCUUCGACUGAACCAUCUACAGAAGAUUCAUCUGUCCCUACUUCGUCAGAGUCCACAACUGAUACUACAGUUACAGAAACAUCAACAUCAGAGCAAUCGACAACAGAAGGCUCAACUGUAACAGAAGACACAGAUACAACGCCAGAUGCAACUGAGUCUACUACUGAUGACAUAACGAGUACUAGUACUUCAGCUUCGACUGAACCAUCUACAGAAGAUUCAUCUGUCCCUACUUCGUCAGAGUCCACAACUGAUACUACAGUUACAGAAACUUCAACAUCAGAGCAAUCGACAACUGAAGACACAACUACAACUGAAGACACAGAUACAACGCCAGAUGCAACCGAGUCUACUACUGAUGACGUCACGAGUACUAGUACUUCUCCUUCGACUGAACCAUCUACCGAAGAUUCAUCUGUCCCUACUUCGUCAGAGUCCACAACUGAUACUACAGUUACAGAAACUUCAACAUCAGAGCAAUCGACAACAGAAGGCUCAACUGUAACAGAAGACACAGAUACAACGUCAGAUGCAACCGAGUCUACUACUGAUGACAUAACGAGUAGUAGUACUUCUGCUUCGACUGAACCAUCCACAGAAGAUUCAUCUGUCCCUACUUCGUCAGAGUCCACAACUGAUACUACAGUUACAGAAACUUCAACAUCAGAGCAAUCGACAACAGAAGGCACAAGUGCAACAGAAGAUACAGAUACAACGCCAGAUGCAACCGAGUCUACUACUGAUGACGUAACGAGUACUAGUACUUCUGCUUCGACUGAACCAUCUACAGAAGAUUCAUCUGUCCCUACUUCGUCAGAGUCCACAACUGAUACUACAGUUACAGAAACUUCAACAUCAGAGCAAUCGACAACUGAAGACGCAACUACAACUGAAGACACAGAUACAACGCCAGAUGCAACCGAGUCUACUACUGAUGACGUCACGAGUACUAGUACUUCUCCUUCGACUGAACCAUCUACCGAAGAUUCAUCUGUCCCUACUUCGUCAGAGUCCACAACUGAUACUACAGUUACAGAAACUUCAACAUCAGAGCAAUCGACAACAGAAGGCUCAACUGUAACAGAAGUCACAGAUACAACGUCAGAUGCAACCGAGUCUACUACUGAUGACAUAACGAGUACUAGUACUUCUGCUUCGACUGAACCAUCCACAGAAGAUUCAUCUGUCCCUACUUCGUCAGAGUCCACAACUGAUACUACAGUUACAGAAACUUCAACAUCAGAGCAAUCGACAACAGAAGGCACAAGUGCAACAGAAGAUACAGAUACAACGCCAGAUGCAACCGAGUCUACUACUGAUGACAUAACGAGUACUACUACUUCUGCUUCGACUGAACCAUCUACAGAAGAUUCAUCUGUCCCUACUUCGUCAGAGUCCACAACUGAUACUACAGUUACAGAAACUUCAACAUCAGAGCAAUCGACAACAGAAAGCUCAACUGUAACAGAAGACACAGAUACAACGUCAGAUGCAACCGAGUCUACUACUGAUGACAUAACGAGUACUAGUACUUCUGCUUCGACUGAACCAUCUACCGAAGAUUCAUCUGUCCCUACUUCGUCAGAGUCCACAACUGAUACUACAGUUACAGAAACUUCAACAUCAGAGCAAUCGACAACAGAAGGCUCAACUGUAACAGAAGACACAGAUGCAACGUCAGAUGCAACCGAGUCUACUACUGAUGACGUCACGAGUACUAGUACUUCUGCUUCGACUGAACCAUCUACCGAAGAUUCAUCUGUCCCUACUUCGUCAGAGUCCACAACUGAUACUACAGUUACAGAAACUCCAACAUCAGAGCAAUCGACAAAUGAAGGCUCAACUACAACAGAUGAGACAGUUACGACGCCAGUUACAACAGUGUCCAGCCCAUCAUCGUCCUCAACUGAAACUGACUCAACCACAACAACACAAUCGACAUCAGGAAGUUCUCCCAUCUCGUCAGAAUCGUCUACAGAGUCUACUGCUGGCCCAACCAUUACAACAAAUGUUACAAGUACGUCCACAACAGAAAUUCCAGGAUCCUCGACUACAACGCCUGCUCCACCGCCUCCUCUGAUUCAAGGCGAUGUCACGGAUGAAGAGAAUAUUACGUGCAUUUCUAUAACCAUGGCAGUUAUUAUUGAAGUACCUUACAUCACGACUGGUAAUGAGGAAUCAGAAAAGGAAUAG